AGCUGACUGACUGAUGCAACCCGACGUCGUGCCCAUGCUUCGGCCCGUCUAACUCCCGCGUGUACAUUCGAUCAACUUUUUCCACUUGGACGGGAACUGGAUCAGGGGUUCCAGGGAGUCCUCUGCCGUCUAUUUCCGCACUUUGUUCGUGUCUGUGCCUGUUUUAGUGCUUAUUUCAGCCUUCAUGGUUUGUUUUUAGGAGGAGGGUCGUGUGCUGCGAGCUAGUUCUAAUCCCUGGGAAGAGAGAGAAAGACGGGAGGAUUGAGAACUGGUGUAACUGGAGGCAAGCUGUUGGAUUUUGCUUAGUUUGGUGGUUUGGUGAGGUUGUGGAUUUAUCAGGGGCAUUGAGGGACGGGAUGGGGACGAGGGAGAGCUAUGCGCGUGGGUUGGUUGCCCUGGCGAUGUUGCUGUUGGUUGUGCCAGUAUGGAGUGUGUUCUUGGUGGAGGAGUCAGCUUUGACGGUGACGUCGCCGGAGAGCCUGCAGGGGACGCAUCAGAGCGCUAUUGGCAACUUCGGAAUACCGCAGUAUGGCGGCACUUUGAGCGGCACUGUAAUGUACCCAAGCGUGAAUGCAAAGGCUUGCGAGAAAUUUUCUAUCGAUCAGUUUAAAACGCUAGCAGGGCAGCGCCCCAUCUUCGCACUGGUUGAUCGUGGUGAUUGUUACUUCGCUACCAAGGUGUGGUUCGCGCAGCAGGCCGGCGCAGCAGCUGUUCUGGUGGCAGACAACAAGCAGGAGAUGCUGGUGACGAUGGAUUCUCCAGAGGAGGAUCCCGUGGCUUCCCAGUUCAUUCAGAACAUCACGAUCCCAUCCGCCCUGAUCACCAAGGAUUUUGGGGACAGUCUGAAGAAGGCAUUGAGCAACAAGGAGAUGGUAUCGAUCAAGAUCGAUUGGCGGGAGUCGCUUCCGCAUCCGGACAAGCGCGUGGAGUACGAGUUCUGGACGAACAGCAACGACGAGUGCGGGCCGAAGUGCGAAGCGCAGGUGGAGUUUGUGCGGAACUACAAGGGAGUGGCCCAGAUUCUGGAGCAGGGCGGGUACACGCAGUUCACGCCUCACUACAUCACGUGGUAUUGUCCACAGGCUUUCAUCGAGAGCAAGCAGUGCAAGUCGCAGUGCAUCAACAACGGGCGGUACUGUGCCCCGGAUCCAGAGCAGGACUUUUCGGUGGGGUACGACGGGAAGGAGGUGGUGAUCGAGAACCUGCGACAGCUGUGCGUGUUCAAGGUGACGAGCGACAGCGGAAAGCCAUGGAAGUGGUGGGACUUUGUGACGGACUUCCAGAUCCGGUGCCCAAUGAAGGAGAAGAAGUACGGGCCGGAGUGCGCGGAGGAAGUGAUAAAGUCGCUGUCCAUCGACGUGGGCGCGGUGCAGAAGUGCAUGGGGGAUCCGAACGCGGACGAAGACCACCCGAUACUGAAGCACGAGCAGGAUGCACAGGUGGGAGAAGGCGAUCGAGGCGAUGUGACGAUAUUGCCAACGCUGAUAAUCAACAACAGGCAAUACCGAGGGAAGUUGGACAAGUCAGCAGUGAUGAAGGCGAUCUGCAGCGGGUUUGAGGAAACGUCGGAUCCGCCGGUGUGCUUGAGCGACACACUGCAGACAAACGAGUGCUUGCAGAACAACGGCGGGUGCUGGAGCAGCGGGGAGUUGACUGCAUGCCAGGAUACGUUUCGCGGUCGGGUAUGUCAGUGUCCGCUGGUGAAGGGCGUGCAGUUCGAUGGCGAUGGGUACACGCAUUGUGAAGCGAAGGGACCGUUCAUUGACGCCUGGCCAUAA